AUGGCUACUCUACGCCGACUGUUGAGAACUGCACGCUUCUCCCGUUCCGUCGCUGCCUCUUCCAAAGCCCUCCCCGGUCUUCCACGCGCACUCCCUUCGCGACGGCUCUGUGUGUCAUCUGUUGGGUCCUUUGAAUGCUACUCUCGUCCUGAUAGUCAGAGAAUUCCCCGGCCAUUGUUAGUGCCUGAUGCUACCAAGCUCAGCUCUGUGUACCCUAUCCUUCUUGCUGGUUUGCUUGGCGUUGGGGUUAAUGUAGCUUGUGCUGAUGCUGAUCAGGGAUCUGAACCCUUGCCUCCUCUGCCAUCCGGGGCUCCUGCGAGUUAUGCCGAGCUAGAGGAGACAGCCAAGAAGGAACGAAAACGGAUCGAGAAUGAGCUCAACAGUAAAGGAAUCAAAUAUGGUUCCUAUCCUGCCUUCACAAUCGCUGUCAAGGGCCAAAAGAUCACGAUCAAGUUCCAGAUUCCCCCUUCUUGCGACAUUCCUCAUUUGAUAGCUCAUCUUGCAUCACAUCUUGGAUUAAAUGCCAAACAAUCUGGGGGUGGUCGGGAUAUGUUGCUACGUUCUUGGGACAGUACUGUUGCGUGGCAAUUGAUACUUAGUCAGCCAUUGAGGGAAGGAACCAAUGAGGACAAGUCCCCAAAAGGAGAUGAAAAUUCACUUGAUGGGGCCGAUUUGUGCAUUGUCUUAUUUCAAUCACUCAUUACCUCAGAGAAAGCAGAAAUCGAGUUCAUGAAGCGUGGGAGCUUGAGCGCUGUAGAGCUUAAUGCUUUGGUGUCUGUUUUAGAAUUGGCUGGUGGAGGGUUAAAGAACUUGGAAAGAAAACCAGGUGGACCUGCUGUACGGGCACCUGCAACAGAUAAAUCAGUCGCCAGUCUGAAGGACAUGGGAGUAAGAAUAUAUGGACUCGAGGAACCUCUUAUAAAUUCUUCGAGCAAUGAGAUUUCGUGGGAGAACAUAGCUGGUUAUGAUAAGCAAAAAAGAGAAAUAGAAGACACAAUAUUGUUGGCUCUACACAAUCCUGAAAUAUAUGAUGACAUUGCUCGUGGGACUAGGAACAAGUUUGAGUCAAAUAGACCUCGAGCCGUCCUUUUUGAAGGUCCUCCAGGUACAGGGAAAACGUCUUCUGCUCGUGUUAUUGCUAAUCAAGCGGGUGUUCCACUUCUGUAUGUGCCAUUGGAAGUCAUUUUGUCAAAAUAUUAUGGGGAAAGUGAACGUUUGUUGGGGAAAGUCUUCUCUCUUGCCAAUGACCUCCCCAAUGGUGCCAUCAUAUUUCUAGACGAGGUUGAUUCUUUUGCUGUUGCUCGUGAUAGUGAAAUGCAUGAAGCUACUCGUAGAAUUUUAUCAGUAUUGUUACGACAGAUUGAUGGAUUUGAACAAGACAAGAAAGUGGUUGUCAUUGCUGCCACAAAUAGGAAACAGGAUUUGGAUCCUGCUUUGAUCAGCCGGUUUGAUUCAGUGAUUACCUUUGGUCUGCCUGAUCACAUGAAUCGCCUAGAAAUUACAGGCCAGUAUGCAAAGCACCUCACAAAAUCCGAACUAGAGGAAUUUGCUACAGUCACCGAAAACAUGUCUGGGAGGGACAUUAAGGAUGUGUGUCAACAAGCAGAACGAUCAUGGGCAUCCAAGAUAAUAAGGGGACAGGUAGGCAAAGAAGUAGUAGAAGAUGAGGAGCAUAGUCGUCGUCGUCUUCUUCCACCGCUUUCAGAAUAUAUCGAGAGUGCCGUAAGUCGUCAGAAGGCACUGCCACUGGGCUCGUCGGAGCAGAUCAUUCAAGGUCGAAAGAAACUUCAUUUAGAUUUUCAUUAG